AUGCAGAUCUCCACCCUUGCCACACUAGCGCUUAUGGCUGGCGUUGCCGUCGCCAAACUGCACAACGCCGCUGUGUGUGUUAACAACAGAAGGAUUGGUUCUACUGGCAACGGUACCCCCUGGGGCCUCGGCUAUGGGUCCUACAAGGACUACGAGAUUGCUACCGAGGCCACCAAGUGCGCCUGCAACAUGUACAAGAACCGCAACACCGGCAACAACCAGUGGGACAAGUGCCCUGACUGCAAGUUCGACGGCCUUCAGUGCGUCUCGGGAGCCUGGCACAUUGGCGGUGACGAGAUGACCUACUACUGCGAGAAGAAGUGUGGCGCCCAGGGUGCGGAGGCCAACUAA